AUGAGGAUAAUAAGAACCAGCUUCAUCAGAAGAAUUCAGAAUUGGGGUGAAUUGACUCAUGAUGUUCUGUCUCAUAUAUUUCAGAAAUUAGGGGCAAUUGAUAUUUUGUUUAGGGCUCAAUCAGUAUGUUCAACGUGGAGACAAGUUUCCAAAGAACCUCUGCUGUUUCGUUCUAUAGAUACGAGGGAUAGGUGGGAUUUGUUCGAGGAUUAUGACAUGGAAAAAAUUGCGAGGGAAGCUGUGGAUAGGAGCUGUGGGCAGUUGGUUGAGUUCUCUUUGGAAUAUUUUGGUAGCGAUGAGCUUGUAACAUAUAUUGCUGAUAAGUGUGGUUCCUUAAGAUAUCUUCGGCUUGUAUCCUGCGACAAAGUUAGUGACAAUGCACUGAUUAACGUUGCCAAGAAAGCUGUCAUGCUGGAGGAAAUUGAAAUAUGCCACUGUUCUUUCUCAGAGGAUAUGAUUAAAACUGUUGGGAAAGCAUGCCCUCAGCUAACAUCGUUCCGGCUCAACUGUCGAGGCUUCAGGCUGCCACGCUUAGAGAGUGAUGAGGAGGCCCUACCCAUUGCAGAGAACAUGCCUCAGCUGCGUCAUCUUCAUCUUUUUGGGAAUAAAUUGACCAAUGUGGGCUUGAGGGCCAUUCUCGAUGGCUGCCUGCACCUUGAAUCUAUCGACCUCCGUCAAUGCUUCAACGUUAAUCUAGAAGGAGAUCUACUGAAGAUUUGUGGAGAUAGGCUUAUUAUAGUAAGGCUACCUAAUGACUCCACAGAUGACUAUGAAUUUGAUGAUGCCAUGGAUGAGUACAGCUACUACUCCGAUUUAGAUUAUGAUAAUGAACUCGACUACAAUGAUUAUCCCCACUCGGAAUACCGAAUCCAUGACAAGGACAAGUGCUACUAUGAUUAUCCUCACUACCCGGAGUAAUGUUAUGGGUUUCUUCUGGCAAUGGUCGUGAUUUUUUUUUUGACUACUGUCUCUUGUUUAUCUCUUAGUAUACUUUUGUUUCAUUUUAUGAA